CACCGUUUAUUAUUCAUUGUUCGGCCGCACCGGCAUCGGCCAUUUUGUCGUUGUCACUUUCCACAAGUUUCAAACUGCAGGAGCGUUCACUAAGCAUUCCAUUUUGAGGAAUUCAUUCUAUUUAAAAGAGUUCAUACAACAACAGCUAAAUUAUGCCCAAACAUAAAAGAAGUCAAGGGAAACUUGAAAGCUCUAGCAGUGACAGUGAUGAAGGUCCAGUAGAUCGUAACGUACCGCCAGAAAAAAAAGCAAAGAUGGGCUCAAGAACGGACGCCAAAGAGCCAACGUGGGUUCUGCAAGGGAAGAAAUUGGUCAAGAUUAGAGAAUUUAAAGGAAAAGUUUAUAUAGAUAUUAGAGAGUUCUAUGAAAAGAAUGGUGAAUUGUUACCAGGUAAGAAAGGCAUCAGCCUUACACCUGAGUUGUGGAAAAAAUUAUUAUCACUAGGAGAUGAAAUAAAUGAAGCUAUCAAUAAAACAUAAUCAAGUUACACAUUAUUACACUAAUUAUUGACGAAGAAUUAAAUAUGUAUUGUUUUCUGUUAAGUGGCGAUUAAAAUGUUUCUCUAUAA